GGCAGGUUCAUACAUGAUGCUGACUGCAUGAGACAGACUGUUAAUGUAGACUCACCUAGUGAACGGACUUACAUUAUUCUUACGUAGUUUGUAAUAACACUAGAUUUCUUUGUUUGACAAAAUAGAGAAGAUGUUUGCUUGUAGAUAUCCAAAAGACAGUGUAAGAAACAGGGCAUUAAUAGUCGGUGUGGAACAUUUUUAUUCAGAUGUGGAUCUGAUCCAGAGAAGAGGUGUAAAGAAAGACAUUAAGAGACUUCACAAAAUUCUCACCAAACUCGGUUUCUAUGUUGUCAUCAAAAAGGACAUUGAAGCAGAAGAGAUCUAUGAAGCAUUUAAAGCAGAAAGUGAGAAGGUGGUGAAAGAGUGUUUUGUGGGUAUCAUAUCUAGUCAUGGUGAGGAUGGUGUUGUGUUUGGUGCUGAUGGGAAUCCUGUCAAACUGGCCACCAUCUACAGCUACUUUGGAUGUCCAUCAAUGGUGGGCAAGAACAAACUCUUCCUUAUUCAGGCUUGUCGAGGUCAUGCGCUGGAUGGAGGUGUAGAAGUAGAGACAGAUUCUUCAUCCUCAGAGGAAGAUGAGAGCAUAUCUGAGCUCUUUUCUAUUCCCAUCGACACUGCGGUUAUGUAUGCAACUCCACCAGGUUACGCUGCAUUCAUGCAUCCCCUGGGCUCGGUGUUCAUUCAGACCUUCUGUGAUUUGCUAGAAAUGGACGGAGGUCCAGAUCUGGAGAUCACAAGACUUUUGACUCGGCUGAACCACCAGGUGGCUUACAACUUCCAAGCAAGAGGGAAAAUGUUGGCCGGUAAAAAGCAGAUGUCAUGCUUUGUGACACGAUUUACAAGAGAGGUUUUCCCCUUUUUGGAGAGCAGGACGGAAGAAACAGAGGACCAGAGCUUGAACUUUCCACCUAGACAGAUUGUAAAUGAACCAGAAAGGUCAAGGAGGAUAUUCAGCUGAAGAUGAUGUAACUGAUACUGAUUGUAAAGAUUUUAUUGGGUUUUAUCUUGAAAAGACGUUCCUUAAGUCAUCUAGCCUCAUCUCAUCUUUUGAGAUUGAUAACGAAUCAUGUGAUGCAACAUCACGUCCGACACAUGUGUAGUGACUGGAAAUGAUCUGUGGGGAAAUCUGUACUGUACUGAUCUGUACUGUAACUGAGAACAUUCAUAUUAUGUUUGUGUUUUUGUUGGUAACACUUUAUGGUUGUAUUUGUUAAUACAUUACACUGUAAAAAAAAUUGAAAUUACAGUAUUAAUGGGUAUUACUGGCAACUAGCUGCCAGUAACUUACUGUAGAUUUUACAUUUAUGUUAUUUACUGGCAACAGUUUGUUUAAAGUUAAAUGAACAUUACACAUUUUCAGUCUUUAUCUUCUACAGUAAGAUACUGGCAAUCAGCUGCAUAAUUACAGCAAAUUUUUUACAGUGUAGCUAACAUAAAAUUACAAUGACGGAUACUUCUUCUUGCAUUUAUUCAUCUCUGUUCAUAUUAAUUUCUGCAUUUAUGAAUAGAUUUUAAAAUCAAAAGUUGUAACUGUUAAUAUAACACUGUAAAAAAUUUGCAGUAAUUUUGCAGCUGGUUGCCAGUAACUUACUGUAGAAGAUAAAGUCUAAAAAUGUUUCAUGUUCAUUUAACUUUGAACAAAAUGUUGCCAGUAAAUAACAUAAAUGUAAAAUCUACGGUAAGUUACUGGCAGCUAGUUGCCAGUAAUACCCAGUAAUACUGUAAUUUCUACAGAAAUUUUUUACAGUGAAGUUACUGUACAAUUAACUACUGUAACAGGAACAGUUGCACUGGCAUUAACUAACACUAGCAAAGAAUAAUAAAUGCUAUAAAACUAUAUUGCUCAUUUUUAGUUUACAACCUUAUUGUAAAGUGUUACCCUUUUGUUUUUGUCUUUAUUCUAAACAUAUUAUUCUAAACAUAUUUGAAUUGUAGUUUUAAAAAUGUUAAAUAAUAUGGUUUUGCUUGUAUAUAUUUGGAAAAAUGUAACUUAUGAUUUUCUAAUAAAUGCUUCCAAAAAUGGAGACUAUUAUUUGCUGAAUUAAGAAACGAAAUCGGCAGCAAUAAGCAUGCAUGCUUUGUUACAGGUUAAAAUUAAUUAUUUUGCAACAUUUAUUCAAAUCAUUAAACGUCUGAGUCCAGGAAAUACAAAUGUUCUAAUAAUGUUGAUCAUGGGCUGAACAUAUUCAAAACAAAAUUGAAACACAGGUUAUUCACACCUGUCUGAGACUUGGAUUUCAUCACGGUUGCACUUUGCUCUUGCUAU